AUGCCAAAGAACAGGCCAUCCAAAGAAAAGCGAGACCAAGCAAAAGCAGACGAAAGACGUACAUCAAGAAUAGAUAAAGAAACGAGGGAAGAUGAACGCGCGAAAGCAGUCGCUGAGGACGAUUCCCUCGACUUUGCUGCGAAGGUUGUUCGUUUAGCUGAGAUCAGAAAUUGGUUCUGCGCAGAUACAACUGUUGUUGAUCAAUACAUGUCAAGCGACCUUUCAACAGCUGAGGCAGUCGACAUUCUGGCAGAGCCAAUAGACGAGGCAUACUCAACUGCAAACGCAGGCACAGAAUAUUUUCGACAAGAGAGGGUCGCUCGAAUACAACGAAAGUAUCAUAGUCCGGAGAAGGCACUCGAGCUUUGGGGACCUGAGCAAGAUUGGCCUGAACCAGAAGAUGAGCGAGAUCACUCUGGAAACGCUGAGAUGCUUCUUUGGAACCUUUGGUACUCUAUUAUUCACACAGCAAAGAAAGUUCCCUUCACCGACGAGACUCGACAGCACAAACUAGUUGAUCUACUCAGAGCACUCAAAGCCCGACCAAAUCCCCCAGAACCAGUACCAAUGACGAUUCCGCUGAAAAGAAGUUGGAUCUGGGAGCUCGGCACCGUUUGGAGCGACCUGAUUAUUCUGGGCACCUCAAUUGCCGAAGUGAGGGAUGACUCUUGUGGAUGCGGAGCUGGUUGGACAUGGCCAGAGCAACACGCAGAGCAGAACCUGAACGCGUUCUAUGCUCGACUGACUGCCAGCGGAGUAGCAAACAUACACGUCCAAGGAGAAAUUUGUGCUGUUGACGCGCUAGAAAAAGCCCCGACGCCAUGGUAUCGCCGUGUAUCACCACCGGCAGACCAUGAGAUUCUCAGUCACUACGUUACUUGCGCGUCGCUAUGGACCAUCAUUGCUGGCAAGGAGGUUUAUGCUAGGCAUCCGCAUACCAGAGAUGAAAGAGAUAUUGAGGUGGUGAAUAGGAUAUUGGACUUGAGGGAUAAUGAGCUUCCGUGGAACAGAUCACGGAAGAGGUAUAAAGGUCGGGGGAGAUGGGAGACGGCAAGGAGAGAAUUUGCACGCAGGAGGUUUGAGGCUGAGUCUCAGAACGAGGAGUUGUCACUAGAAGUUCGGGAAUUGGCUGGACGAGCUGCAAAGGCAAUGAGUGGAAUUGUCUGGCAAAAGCAAGAGGAUGAGUAA